GACGGAGGGAUCGCAGCGCCGAGAGGCAGCACCGGCCCCAGCGCUCCGCUCCACUGCGGGACCCUCGCGGCGAGGAGGUGGGAUCUCAGUGCUGCCCGCUGCGCCUCCAGUCGCGCUGCGGGGCGGGGGCCGUGUCUGCGCGUCGGGUCUCUUGUCUCCGAGCUUCGGUACCCGCUGGAGCCGCUCGUGCGCCCGUCGUCGGCCUGCUCCGCUGUCUGUCUGACCUCCCGCCGCCAGCUCAGUCCUCUGGCCUGAUCUCUCCGGCCCCGGCUGCUCCAGCGGGCGAUGAGCUCAAUGGGACCGGGGCACACCGGGCAGGGCGCGCGGGGCGCACGGAGCGGCGCCGGCCCAUGAGGCUUCCCAGAGCAGGGCGCGGCAGCGCGCGCCGGCCAUGGGGGGCAGCCUGCGGGUGGCCGUACUGGGAGCCCCGGGAGUGGGUAAGACGGCCAUCAUCCGCCAGUUCCUGUUCGGCGACUACCCCGAGCGCCACCAGCCCACGGAUGGGCCGCGCCUCUACCGGCCCGCGGUGCUGCUCGACGGCGCUGUCUACGACCUGAGCAUCCGCGACGGUGAUGGCGCUGGACCCGGUCAGAGCCCCCGGGGUCUAGAGGAGUGGCCAGAUCCUAAAGACUGGAGCCUGCAGGACACGGACGCCUUCGUGCUCGUCUAUGACAUCUGCAGCCCAGACAGCUUCGACUACGUGAAGGCGCUGCGGCAGCGAAUUGCAGAGACCAGGCCGGCAGGCGCGCCUGAGGCACCCAUCCUCGUGGUAGGCAACAAGCGGGAUCGGCAACGGCAGCGCUUUGGGCCUCGGCGCGCACUGGCUGCCCUGGUUCGCAGGGGCUGGCGCUGUGGCUACCUCGAGUGCUCAGCUAAGUACAAUUGGCACGUGCUGCGUCUCUUCCGCGAGCUGCUACGCUGCGCUCUGGUGCGCGCGCGGCCUGCACACCCAGCCCUCCGCCUACAGGGGGCGUUGCAUCCCGCACGCUGCAGCCUCAUGUGACAAAAGUGGACCAUGACUCUGAUUGGGAACGGGCAUUUUGACUGGAACAACAGGGGACCUGGACUGGACGGAUUUGUCAACUAUUUUCGGAUUGGACAGGACAACCUCUUCCCUGAUUGGAUGAGGAAAGCUCCCACCCUGUCUCCUGGAGGACAACAGGCCUCUCUUUGAAUCUCAUUGGACCCAGCCAAGGCCCCAUUAGGACAAGAUCAGCCUUUUCUGGGAUAUGAUCUCAUUGGAUGGAAUGAACUUGACUAUGAAUCUGAUUGGAAGCCCCCAGACUGCUCCUGGAGCCCUUAUCGGACAAAAUCAUAAGUCAUA